CGAGUGUACUAUACUCUUUGUUUCCAAUUUCUAUCCGCAAUUUCGGAAUCAUGUCCUCUGACACUCUUUCGUCCAAGUACCACACUUUAGAUAGCGAAGAUGCGUUCGAGGAUCAAGGGAUGCUUAGCAUGAUGCGGCCGCGAGCUGGCCGUACUUUCGCCUCGCCCAUCUGCAUGCUCGUCUGCGCCUUUGCCUGCUGCCUUGUCUCUGUCGGCUUCGGCUUCUAUAUUGGCACGUCUGGCCACCUGUCUGCUCUGGCGUCGUCCACGGUCAAGCCUGCUGCAGGGCUGGGUAUGGCAACUAUUGACGAACUACCCUUCGUCGCGGAUGUCCCUCUAGUUCGCAAGAAAUUCGAGCACGAUUCUUCCUAUAACUUUACGGCUCCCGGUGCCAACGAAAAGUGGAUCGAUCUGAUCUCUUUUGGCAAGCCAUUCAUCGCUAUCGAAGACCCAGCCAAGUACGGACUGCCGGACUACUUCAAUGCGAAUGCGUUGCAGCCGGAAGGACUGCAGCCCGUGGCGUGGAACGUCUUUCACCAACUCCAUUGCUUGGUAUGCAUAAGGACGACCUACAUGAAGCUGGCGUUGAACCUGGAUGGUGGGUACGACGUUUGCACAAAGCAGCACAUUGAGCAUUGUCUUGAAAGUCUCCGUCAGGCCAUCAUGUGUGCUUCGAACAUGAACAUGGAGCGAUUCGAGUUCAUCCAUUAUCCCGGCCAAAAGGCCUUUGUUCCUAAACUAGUCGGACAGCAUGAGACGCACACAUGCCGUGAUUGGGAGGCCGUUAAACGCAACAUAAGGAAGAUGAGAUCUGAGAAUAUUCCUGUUGAUAAGUAUGGCAAACGUGUUUCUCCUCCUUAAGUUUUCCGUCUUCCCAUUACUCCACUCUAGAGAUAGGGAGCCUCCACGAUUAUAACGAGACUCAGGAACACCCUUUUGUGUAAGCAAACGUAGCUUGUGAACCAAGUCUGGGAUUAAGCCUUGCACUCACAUGAGACUGUGAUCUAGUCUUCAGAUUGUUCAUGAGAUUGACAACAUAACGGUGACCAAGUGAUGCU